AUUAAUAACAUAAAUUAUCUCUGUUAACGUUAAUAAUAACCAGUCAUAACGAACUCUCUCUCUCUCUACUGGCCUUUUUCAGGAAGCAAAAAAAAAAGCUGAAAAUUUUGUCGUGCUCUGUUUUAGGGUUUUUUUUCUUCCAUCUCUUCAAUGGCUUCUUCUUCAGCAACAAAUUUUUGCUUUCAAUGUGAAGAUUCAAGUAACUCAGUUACCUUUAGAAAUGGUUGGCGUCUUCGUAGUGGCAAAUUCUCUCAGCUCUGUCAUCGUUGCGCAUCUGUAUAUGAGUACGGGAGGUUCUGUGAGACUUUCCAUUCAAAUGAUGAUGGCUGGAGAGACUGUGAGUCUUGUGGGAAGUUGGUCCAUUGUGGAUGUAUUGCGUCUUUCAACACAUAUCUGCUAUUGGAUUUUGGUGGAAUUAUGUGCAUGGAGUGCUCAAAGAAGAAUAUUAUUCUUGCACGGGAUCGUUGCUUGUCCGACGAAACUCCAGUAUCAACUGGAGAAUCUCGGGUGGAUGCCGCACAGACUGUGGUAGAACCUCAGUAUAGGCCUCGUGUAACAGAGUCAGAGUUGAAGAAGAUCUCCAUAAACCCUUUGUUUCAAAAAUUGUUGUCUGCCAGUGAUGCUGAUCUCACACUAUCACGUCUUGUGAUUCCCAAAAAGUGUGCUGAGGCUUUCUUUCCUUGCCUUUCUGGGCCACACAGGAUCCCCAUUAAUAUGCUCGAUACUGAAGGCAAGGAAUGGAAUUUUCACUUCCGCUUUUGGCCUAAUUCUAGGAGUAAAAUGUAUGUGCUGGAAGGACUUAGAGAUUACAUGCUCUUGAAGAGGUGGCAAGCAGGCGAUUUUGUUACUUUUUAUCGAAUUGAACCGGGACAGAAAUUGGUCAUGGGAUUAAGGAAUUCUUCUACCACCUCAUAGAUCUCAGCUUGAUGUCCUUGAAUAUGACUGGUUACAGCAGAGGCGGAUCUACAUGCAAUUUAUGAGGUUCACGCAGUAGCUUUUACAUUAGACCCUGAAUACGUAUUAAAAAAUUCACAAAAUAUCUAUAAAUAUUUGACUGUAAACCUAGUUAUUAUUGUAUAUUAACUUUUUUCGAUGAAGGAUUAAUGUAUAUUAACUUUUUUUGAUGAAGGAUUAAUGUAUAUUAACUUUUUUUGAUGAAGGAUUAUUUUAUAUUAAAUUGAGGUCGCUGCGAGGAUUGAUAUAGUUGAUCCCAAUUUGUUUGGGAAUUGAGGUGUAGACCGUAGUUGUUGUUGUUAUUGACUUGUUGUAAAUUGAGGUUGAUAUAGGAACUCAUGACUUCAAAUCCAGGAUUUGCCUUUUGACUCCUA